AUGUCUUCCAACACCGAACGUGCAGAGGAUGCUCGCCAGCGAGGGAACGCUUUUUACAAAGCUUGCCAGCUUAGUAAAGCCAUUGUAGCCUACAAGUUAGCUGCAACACUCGUCCCCUCGGAUCCUACUCCCCUAUCGAAUCUGUCCGCCGCUGCCUUUGAGACAGGAGACUACGCGAAAAGCGUACAAUACUCUACUGAGGCUCUAGCUCUCCUAGAGCAAGACCCCGAUGAUGAUCCUCGAAAGCAUAAGCUGCUUACUCGCCUUACCAAGGCCAGGCGUUACCACACCGAUCCUGACGACUCUAGCGCCAAAGAGUCACUUCGCGAUGCCAUUUUCCGCUUACCGAGAUACAGGCCUUACUUGGCUCACGAAAGGAACUACUACCCCGUUGGCCACGAUAUUCCGGAGCCUCUGUACUGCCCGACACUCCGGCGAACAACAAAGGGCGCCCAAGUCGUAUCGUUUAUGUUCUGCGGGAUAGGAGAUGCUCGUAAUAUGGUGCAUACUAUACUGAAUUAUGACUUUUACGGCCCCAAGUCUCACGAGUCUGAUCAAAGGCUCCAUCUUACUAUUCUGGAUGUCAAACCCGCUAUACUGGCACGAGACUUGAUUUUAUUCGCUCUCUUGGACGAUAUAUCUUUGACCAUGGGAUUGUCUCGUCAAGAAGCUUUCCAGUUGGAUCAACGGCAACCCAACCAGUUGCUCGAGACACUCAACACGGCGUCAUAUUUUUAUAUGGCUCAAGUUAUGCCCGCUUUUGCGUGGGAACGAAUUCAAGCAAUCAUCCAACGACUUCUCGACUCCUUUGACAAUUCCAAGCAGCCAAUACCCUGGGUUUACAUUCCUGCUACGGUCCAGGCUGCUGUCCGACCUAGGCUCGAAGCCUGGAAACAAGAGCACACUGGGCCAUAUUCAACUGAAGCCUUUCGAGAAAUCACGGCACUAGAUAAACUCCAAGCACAGAUGGCUAGGAUACACAUGCCCGAAGACCUUCACGUAGACCCAUACUCAUCAUUUCCCCGUCUGAUGUUUGACAAGCGCGUCUACGAUGAAUUUUACAUUGUCUUACCAGAUGAAAAAUUGCUUAAUGCACAUGAUGCAGAGCUAGCCAAAAUUGUCCGCGACUACCGAAAUGAAGAAAGUAGUGCAGAUGGGCGCAUAUCUUCGUAUAUUGAUAGGAAAUGGAAACCCAACCUCACGCUGGCCGACAUUUUAUGGGAAAAGGAAAACACAAUGCCACAAUACCAACCCCGUCCAAACAUGGAUUUUUCGCCGUGCGGGGUCAUUGAGAGCCUGUUGGAAGGUGUUGCGGGUGAUCGUGGACUGUCAUCGGUGCCGGGCAACACGCUCAUGAGUGUUUUAGAAUCCUACUUCAUGAUGAUCGGCAAAGCAAUCGCUAACCUUCGUAACCGCAUCACGGUGGAGGUCUGCUUCGGAGAGAUGAGCGAUCAUCUUGAAAAAAUCCGAUAUCAAGCUCAUGACCGCUCCACGGAAACUGAGGCCAAGGAUCGCUUUUCGUCGGCGAAGUGGCCGCAUAAAUACCAUCUUAUCCACAUGAGCAAUAUUCCUGACUACACCGGUGGCCCUUUCACGUCUUUCCUAUACGGUGUGCCAAUUCUCGAAUAUGGCCCAGGAACAGGGGUGACCUCGUACAUCCUCCGAAAUCCUUCACAGUUUGAAGGCGUCUCUCGGUAUUUCUCCGAGUAUCUCGUCAUGUACGAUCGUAAAUUGGUCCGGUCCCACUUUCAGCUGGAAUUAUCCAUCGUAACUCCCGCGAACGAGGAGGGUCCGUCGCCAUUGAUGCGGUACUUGCGGUGGGAGCGUAUCCCGCAAAAACUCUUGACCUUUGAGCAGCUUAUGCCACAGGCAAAGCUUUUGCAUUGGCUCUACACGCAUUUUCUAAAAAUCUGCCUUCCUUAUCCACGCAAGUCUACCACUGACCCGGGACUCAUCUACGCUCCGCUCAAUAUGACCGCAUUCCUUCGCUUACUGGAGCACGUGUCUGAAUUGGGAUACCCGGCUCACUGGAUCUCGAAUCUGAUCGACUCCAUCUUGUCGGGCAAGAUCAUCACCACGGCCCGCCCGCCUCCGCGACAGGUCCUCACCCCACAAGACGUUGACACAGUAUACCCGGCACGAGCUUUUUGCACCACGCCAUGGAUCUUGGAGUUUGCCACCCUGGCUGGACUAUGGCGCACAAUCUUACGAGCUGGACUUGUAGUGUCUUCCGCCGUUCCUCGCUCGGGGGAUGUCGUACAGUACAUCGUCAAGAUUCCUUGUCCGAAGUUAUGGGAUGGCCAAGUCCCACACUCGAUGCUGGUGUUCUGCGAUGAGAAUGCAUUUGGAUCGUUGCCUAAAAACAUAAGAUCGAUUCUCAAUGAUGAUGGAAGCGAUCUGGAUGUAAAGUCGCGUGCGCUCAGGCAUAACGUACGCUGUGUGAGUACAUUUUAUUGGAGUGUAAAGGCUCAGGAAGCCACAUUCUGGAUCACCAAAGAUGCUUUCGAAGAAAUGAAGGGGUGGAAUGUUUAUAUCUGGAGCACUGCUUCGUGGGAGAAGGGUGGUGGGGGGGUGAAAUUGGGAAAUGCGGUCGUGAAGAAUAGAUCUUGGGGAGAGUGGGAAGACCCACCAAACCUGAUGCUUAUACAUUAA